CUCGCGUCUCUGCCACUCUUUUUCUGCCUAGUGGCGCGCAGCGGGGCGGUGACAGGCGGCAAAGUGAGCGGCUGAGAGUGCGGCGGAAGUGGCCGGCGAGCCCCCGCCGACGACAUGCUGCCCCUGUCGCUGCUGAAGACGGCGCAGAACCACCCCAUGUUGGUGGAGCUGAAGAAUGGGGAGACAUACAACGGGCACCUGGUGAGUUGCGACAACUGGAUGAACAUCAACCUUCGUGAGGUCAUCUGCACGUCACGGGACGGGGACAAGUUCUGGCGCAUGCCCGAGUGCUACAUCCGUGGCAGCACCAUCAAGUACCUGCGCAUCCCCGACGAGAUCAUCGACAUGGUCAAGGAGGAGGCAGUGGCCAAGGGCCGCGGGCGCGGGGGGCUGCAGCAGCAGAAGCAGCAGCGUGGCCGCGGCAUGGGCGGCGCUGGGAGAGGUGUGUUCGGCGGCCGGGGCCGUGGUGGCAUCCCAGGGACGGGACGGGGACAGCCAGAGAAGAAGCCGGGCCGACAGGCGGUCAAGCAGUGAUGGCGGCAGAGGAGGAGGAGAGGCUGGGACCACAUCUGCUCUGGAGGUGGUCUCCUGUUUUGUACCCUAAAGUAUUGCCCUGAAGUGUCACUGGGACUUCUGUUCUGCAACUGGUGUCUUGGGGGUUGGCAGCAUCUCCCCAACCCUGUGUGUGACGGCAGUGGCCGAGUGUGGCUGUCACCACGGUCCUCACGGCGAUGCGGUCAGACACCUGGAGUUGCUCCCUCCACUGUCCCUACAGAAAUAAAAGUGACUGAUCCAA